GGGGCUGCCCUCUGAAGGAAGCUCCAGAGAGAGAGAAGAGGGGGAAGGAAGCACUCACUGAUCUGCAGGUGUUUAGACUGAGGCCGGGAGUGGGCGGUACUCCAGCCCCCACACCUGCAGCCCCCAAACCCUAACAGGCAAGAGUCGCCGCAGCCAUGGCGGGAAUGAAGACUGCCACCGGUGACUACAUCGACUCAUCCUGGGAGCUGCGGGUGUUUGUGGGAGAGGAGGACCCGGAGGCCGAGUCGGUCACCCUCCGGGUCACGGGGGAGUCGCACAUCGGCGGGGUGCUCCUGAAGAUCGUGGAGGAGAUUAAGCGCAAGCAGGACUGGUCAGACCACGCCAUUUGGUGGGAACAGAAAAGACAGUGGCUGCUGCAGACCCACUGGACGCUGGACAAGUACGGUAUCCUGGCUGAUGCCCGCCUCUUCUUCGGACCCCAGCACCGGCCCAUCAUCCUGCGGCUGCCCAAUCGCCGCGCCGUGCGCCUCCGGGCCAGCUUCUCCCAGCCCCUCUUCCAGGCGGUGGCUGCCAUCUGCCGCCUCCUCAGUAUCCGGCAUCCUGAGGAACUGUCUCUGCUCCGGGCUCCUGAGAAGAAGGAGAAGAAGAAGAAGGAGAAGGAGCCGGAAGAGGAGUUGUAUGACCUGACCAAGGUCGUCCUGGCUGGGGGCGUGGCACCUGCGUUGUUCCGGGGGAUGCCAGCCCACUUCUCAGACAGUGCGCAGACCGAGGCCUGCUAUCACAUGCUGAGCCGGCCGCAGCCACCGCCGGACCCCCUCGUGCUGCAGCGCCUGCCUCGGCCCAGCUCCCUGUUGGACAAGACCCAGCUCCACAGCAGGUGGCUGGACUCGUCGCGGUGCCUCAUGCAGCAGGGUGUCAAGGCGGGGGACAUGCUCUGGCUUCGCUUUAAGUACUACAGCUUUUUCGACCUGGAUCCCAAGACGGACCCGGUGCGGCUGACCCAGCUGUACGAGCAGGCGCGGUGGGACCUGCUGUUGGAGGAGACCGACUGCACCGAGGAGGAGAUGAUGGUGUUUGCAGCCCUGCAGUACCACAUCAACAAGCUGUCCCAGAGUGGGGAGGCGGGCGAACCCGCCGCCGCAGACCCCGGGCUGGACGACCUGGACGCGGCCCUGAACAACCUGGAGGUGAAGCUGGAGGGGUCGGCGCCCACAGACGUGCUGGACAACCUCACCACCAUCCCAGAGCUCAAGGACCAUCUCCGGAUCUUCCGGCCCCGGAAGCUGACCCUAAAAGGGUACCGCCAGCACUGGGUGGUGUUCAAGGAGACCACGCUGUCCUACUACAAGAGCCAGGAGGAGGCCCCGGGGGACCCCAUUCAGCAGCUCAACCUCAAGGGCUGUGAGGUAGUCCCCGAUGUCAAUGUCUCCGGCCAGAAGUUCUGCAUCAAACUCCUAGUACCCUCCCCCGAGGGCAUGAGUGAGAUCCACGUGAGGUGCCAGGAUGAGAAGCAGUACGCCCACUGGAUGGCCGGCUGCCGACUGGCCUCUAAGGGUCGCACCAUGGCAGACAGCAGCUACGCCAGCGAGGUGCAGGCCAUUCUGGCCUUCCUCAGCCUGCAGCGGACGGGUGGCGGGGGCUCAGGCAACCACCCCCAGGGCCCUGACGCCUCUGCCGAGGGCCUCAACCCCUACGGCCUUGUUGCCCCACGCUUCCAGCGGAAGUUCAAGGCCAAGCAGCUCACCCCACGGAUCCUGGAAGCCCACCAGAACGUGGCCCAACUUUCGCUGUCCGAGGCCCAGCUGCGCUUCAUCCAGGCCUGGCAGUCCCUGCCUGACUUUGGCAUCUCCUAUGUCGUGGUCAGGUUCAAGGGCAGCAGGAAGGAUGAGAUCCUGGGCAUCGCCAACAACAGACUGAUCCGCAUCGACUUGGCCGUGGGCGACGUGGUCAAGACCUGGCGCUUCAGCAACAUGCGCCAGUGGAACGUCAACUGGGACAUCCGGCAGGUCGCCAUCGAGUUUGACGAGCACAUCAACGUGGCUUUCAGCUGCGUGUCUGCCAGCUGCCGCAUUGUGCACGAGUACAUCGGGGGCUACAUUUUCCUGUCGACAAGGGAGCGGGCCCGCAGGGAAGAACUGGACGAGGACCUCUUCCUGCAGCUCACAGGAGGCCACGAGGCCUUCUGA